AAAGCAGAGGAGGGAGAAGAGAAGACGCCCUUUUCCUUCAGAUUCACUUUGCACAAUCGUCUCCGGAGGGACAAGAUGAGCCCCUGCGCCCUCCUCGCCUUCCUGCUCUUCCACCUUGCAGGGGCAGCCGUGGCACCCGUCCCUGCCUGGAAGGCCAUUCCCGUGGGAGGCUCCAUCACGUUGCCCGUGACCGUCCCCAAGGGGGCCAGCGUCAACAACCUCCUCCUGAGGUCCGCCUCGAGAGGAGAAGGGAUCGCGAUAUGGCUGUCCAGCAAAGUCCUCACAGUCGUGAGCAUGCUCUAUGCCGGCCGAGUGGCCUUCCUGGAAGACAAGCUCGCCUUCAAAAUUGCCCGGGUCAGCCUGGACGACGGGGGCACCUACGAAAUCUCCACGAACAUGCAGUCCUCCGAAAAGACCCUUGGCAGCUUCACGGUGGCCGUAUUCAAUAUCAACAAAACGGUGAACUCCUUGGACAACUCUUCCUGCACCAUUGAUCUCCUCUGCGAGGCAGGAAUGGGGCCAAGGAACAAGGUGACUUACUCCUGGAAGGACAGAGAUACGGGCGCCACCCUGGCCCAGGGUCCGUUGCUCCAAUGGAUUGUGCACACCAACAACAAGGUGGCCUACACCUGCACGGCCCAGAUCCUCACCACCCAGAGUGCCAUGGAUGUCGUUCUCGAGCAGCCUUGCAUCCAGAGCUCUGCCGUUCCAGGUCGAUCGGUGCUGGGCCUGGUGUCGCUCCUAGCCAGAGGGCUCCUCGUGCCCGCCGUGACUGCUGCCGUGCUGCUGCUGUGACUGAAGAAGACCGCAGGUGGCUGCUUCCCGCACCAGGGGUCUCUUCGGCCUCCCCCUCUGGCUGCCAAGUCGCCUCAAGGGGGCAGCCGAAAAGGCCCAAUGGAAGCUGAAUGUGGCGCCCGCCUUCGAGGUGGACCAGAUCAGGCAACGCUCCGCAGGAAGAGCAGAACUCUGUUUUAUUGAGAUGGGCUACUUGGUUGUACUUUACCUCCCCCCCUUCUAUCCCAGUGAAUCAGGGUCUCUUCCAAACACUGUCUAAGGGACGUUUCGGCCCCCGCCCUGCUUAGGUAAGGGGCCUUGCCUAUCCCUCAAGGCCAGCCCGCCUGCCGCCUCCCCGAGGGUCCCACACACAGGGGCUUCCUAGCGAUCUCCGCAGGAGCCGGCUGGCAGAGCCGGCGCCCGCAGGGCCAGUACUUCAGGGACGGGGCAACCUAUCCGGCAGAUGGCGGUCGUGAGCUGUGCUUUUUAAAAAGCGGCUUCGGGUCUGGGAUGAGGUUUGCACGUAAGGUGCUUCAGGUCUGGGCACUUCCUGUUGCUACUCAUUAAAAGACAGACAUGGCGA